AUGAGUCAGUCAUCAAAACAGUCAUCGGUGGCACCGGUAUCUGAGAUGUCCACCCAUUGGAUCAACCCAUUGGAAAUAACAUUAGAAGAGGUAGUGGGCCACGGCUCGUACGGUGUGGUCCGAAGGGGGCUAUGGAGGGGACAUGAGGUGGCUAUUAAGGAGAUCAAACGCAACGACAAGGAGGCCUUCGAGACCGAGCUAAAACAACUGUCCCGUGUGUCGACUCACCCUAAUAUAAUCAGUUUAUUUGGCGCCGUUAGGGACAAGGAGACCGUGUCACUGGUCAUGGAGUUUGCAAAAGGGGGCAGUCUUUACAAAGUGCUACACUCGGAACCACCGGUGCUGUACAGCCUAUCGGAAGCCAUUUCAUGGGUGCAUCAGUGCGCGAGUGGUGUCGCAUACCUGCACUCAAUGCGACCCAAAGCUAUGAUCCAUAGGGACCUCAAGUCUCAAAACCUGCUUUUGGUAAAUGGUCGAGCGGUUAAGAUAUGCGACUUCGGUACCGCGUGCGAUAUUCGCACCAUUAUGACCAAUAAUAAGGGCUCAUCUCGCUGGAUGGCACCGGAAGUGUUUGAAGGGAAGAAAUACACCGAAAAGUGUGAUGUCUAUAGUUGGGUCAUAAUAUUAUGGGAGGUGUUGGCCCGGCGUAUCCCAUUUGAUUGGCUGGAAAACGUGGAUUUGGUUAUAUUGUUAGCCGCCCAUAGGGGUAAACGGCCGCCCCUAUUGCACAACUGUCCCCAGGUCAUUGAAAAUAUAAUGACAAAGUGUUGGUCAAAGGAUCCGGCUGUUAGGCCGUCCAUGGCUGAGGUGGUGGGCCUGAUUGGAAUGGUAGCUCAGGAAAUAAAUGAUGCUAAUGUUUAG